AUGCUCGUCUGCAUGGCGUGGCGUCUGCACAUCUGCAUGGCUGCAUGUCUUGGCAUUUGGUCUGCUGCAACACCGCAGGCUGCAGUGGCGACUGGUGGGUGGCGGCUGGUGCGGGGCGAACGCGGACGGGAUGGUCUGCUGUUGUCUGCAUGUGCAGGACGCACGGAUUGGUGUCUGGUUUGUUGCACUACUGCGGGCUCCAGUGGCGGGCGCACGGGAGGUUCUGCGCUCGGUGGGCGCAUGGCGACCGGUGGGAUGGUCUGGUGCGGGGCGGACGUGGUUGACAUGUGGCGUCUGGUUCUUGUUUCCAGCGUCUGCUUGGCAACUCGUUGGCUUGUCUGCGUGUCUGCUGGGCUACUGGGGCAACUUCAGUUUUACAGCCACAAUGGUACGGGCGCGGGUGGGUGCACUGUGGGGUGUGGUGGACGCGUGUUCGGUGGCCGGGUGUGUGUCCGGGCGUGUGGCGGGCUUGGACGGGAGUGCACGAGCGGGGGAGAGUGUGUGCUGCAGCUGCACGCGUCUGCUGAGACAGACAAGGGCGUGGAGGGGGCAACACUCGCGGUGGGAAUGGGCGGAUGGGCGCAAGCGCGGAUGGGCGCACGGCGCAGAUGGGCGCACGGCGCGGGUGGGCGCACGGCGCGGUUGGGCGCACGGCGCGGUUGGGCGCACGGUGCGGUUGGGCACACGUUGGAUGGGCGCACGUUGGAUGGGCGCACGUUGGAUGGGCGCACGUUGGAUGGGCGCACGUUGGAUGGGCGCACGUUGGAUGGGCGCACGUUGGAUGGGCGCACGUUGGAUGGGCGCACGUUGGAUGGGCGCAUGGCAGGGGCAUCACGGGUGUAUCAUGGGUGA